CCUCUAUCUAUUUUGCUUCUUCACUUGUUUUGUGGAUAAAAAUUGUAAAUGUUCUACACUCUGAGAACUAAAGGUAACAUGAAGGUAUGGACAUGGCUUUGUUGGACUGUAAUAUUUGCAUCAACUUGUAUCUGCACAUCAAAAGCGGAAGAUGGUACAAACGACAAUAGCCUUGGCUAUCCGACGCUGAAUUUCACUAUCAACGUCAAAGACAAGGAGGGCUAUACAAGAUUUCUUCAAUCUGUAAGAGAUCAAUUGACAAGCGGAAACCAAAUCCAUGGAAUAUCGGUAUUGCCCGAUAUAUCCACUUUGCCUGUUUCGCAACGGUUUCUUUUACUCAAACUUUCAAGUUCAGCUACAACACCCAUUACAUUAGCUCUGGAUGUUGCCACUGCAGGUGUAGUUGCUUAUGGGUUUCAAAAUCAAUCCUACUUCUUUAAUGAUAAGCUUGCAUUUUCUAAUCUUUUCAAUGACACAAAGCAAAAUACGCUUCCAUUUGGAAGUAGCUAUGGUGAGCUUGAAAAUAGUACAGGUAUGCCAAGAAGUAAAAUUGAUCUGGGACUAUUGCCACUAAAUGAAGCUGUCAGCAACAUUGUUGCUAACAACAUUAAGACAGAGGACUUGGCUUCCUGCUUGAUAGUUGUUAUGCAAAUGGUUUCAGAAGCAGCGAGAUUCAGAUACAUCGAACAUCAAGUGCGUUGGAGCACUGAAAAAGGGCAAAGAUUUCGCCCAGAUGGUACCAUCUACAGCCUUGAGAACAACUGGGAAGCUCUCUCAACUGCAGUUCAAGAAUCUAGAGGAGGAGUUUUUUCCGAGCCAGUUCAACUACAAAGGUUGAACGUUAAGUUCAAUUUGGAUAGCGUGACUAGAGAAUUAGUUGCCAACUUGGGGCUCAUGUUAUUUAUCAGUUGCAAAGAUAAUUCAACCUCAUCUGGUGGUGGUGGUUGUGCAACUGAUUUUGAGCCUACAGUGCGUAUUCUUGGUCGAAAUGGUCUAUGUCUUGAUGUGAGCGAUGAAAUUUAUAGUGAUGGAAACAAAAUUCAUAUGUGGCCAUGCAAAUCUAAACCUGCAGCCAAUCAACUAUGGACCUUGAAAAGAGAUGGAACACUGCAAUCUAAUGGGAAGUGCUUGACGGCUAAUGGGUCUAAUCCAGCAGGAAAUAAUGUAGUGAUUUAUGAUUGUCAAACUGCAAUGCAUAAUGCUACUCAGUGGGCAAUAUGGGACAAUGGAACCAUCAUAAACCCUCAAUUUGGGCUAGUUUUGACGGUAAAUUCAGGAGAUAAAGGUGCAUUAUUAACGUUAGAGAAAAACAUUUAUGCUUCUAGUCAAGGUUUUCUUGCCACUAAUAAUACACAACCUUUUCGCUCACCCAUUCUUGGGCAAAAUGAUCUUUGCUUGCAAACAAACGGAACAAAAGUAUGGGUUGUGGAGUGUGUAAGUAACAGAACAGAGCAAAAAUGGGCUUUGUAUGCAGAUGGUUCGAUACGGCCACAACAGAAUAAAGAUGACUGCCUUACUUGCAAUAAAUUAGAUGCCAAAGGAACGAUCUUUACUAUCGAUUCUUGUUCCUUGGCAUCGUCUGGUCAGCGUUGGGCGUUUCGAGACGAUGGCAUAAUUUUCAAUUUACAGAAUGGAAUGGUAAUGGAUGUUAAAAAGAUAGAUCCAAGCCUUGAGGAAGUAAUCAUUUGGCCAUUCAAUGGAGGACGCAACCAGAGAUGGUUACCGCUACUUUGAUCAUCGAUGCUAUGUAUUUAUUUGCUUACAUGUGUAUUUAGAAUAAGGAUAUCGUACAAUAAGAGCACAGCUGCGUGUGACAUUCCUGUGCUAGCUGAGUUGUCAAUAUGUAUUGAAAUGUAUCUUUCUAUAAUAUAAUCAUAACUUUUAGUGGCUCAA